AUGAAUUUCAUUCCAAUCUUACCAGCACCUCCAUUACCAAUAAAACUGGCAUCUAAACCUCCAGUCAUUCCAUUCUCUAAUCAUCUUUCUCAGUGGUCUGAACGUCCUCGGUUUACUACGGUUGAAUGGGUUGCUGAGCACACAAUGUGCUAUCAAGUUAAUGUCAAUGGAACUUGUGUCACUCGUCGUCAAGAUAACAACAUGAUCAAUGGAACAAAACUAUUGAACAUGACUAAAAUAUCACGUGGAAAGCGAGAUGGAAUCUUGAAGGUUGAAAAAGAUAGAAUGGUUAUCAAGGCUGGAAUAAUAGAUUUCAGAGGUGUCUGGAUAACAUUUAAAAGAGCCAAGCAGUUGGCAUCUCAGUAUGGCUUGAUAGAUACAUUGUAUCCUUUACUUGAGGACUUUCUUACCAUACAUGCUCCUAGCGAAAACUCACAAACAUGGACUGAUGAUCACUCAAACAUCUCACUUGGCUUGAACCUAAUUCCUUCAAGUGAAUUCGACUCCCAGUCUUUUGCUUAUGAUAUGGUCGAGUCUGAUGCGUUUAUACAAGCCGAUAAGUCCUACCGAGGAAAAAUGGUACCUCAUCUUAGCCAUCAAUGGCUUUCUGAAGACCCAUUACCUUUUCACGGACAACAUUCUCGAGCCCACUUUACCUAUGCGUUUUCUUUUAUAAAUGGACCUCUCUGA